GAGUUCCUAAUAAACGAAGAAGAAGAAGCACUAGCACAAUGAUGGCGCCUGAUAUCAACAAUGAUGGUGUUUCUUCAUGCGGCUGUAAAGGCAUCCGACGAUGUCUCAUAUGUGAAAAGUUCAAAGGGAAAACUCAGACGGAGACAAGGGAACCAGAGAAGACUGUGCACCAUUUUCUCUAUGAUGCUGAAACAAAACUCGCUGUCUGCAAAGAUGGAGAUGGAGAAGGUGCAUCUUUUCCUUUUCCCGGUGUCUUCCUGUGGGAGAACUUCAUAUCUGAGGAAGAGGAGAAGGAGCUGAUUGGCUCCAUGGAUCAGGAUGUUUGGAAUCCAUCACAGUCUGGUCGAAGGAAACAGGACUAUGGUCCAAAGGUGAACUUCAAGAAAAAGAAAGUGCGUCUAGCUAACUUCAAUGGACUCCCUGGUUUGAGCCAGAAACUGGUGCUGCGGAUGCAACAGGAGCCAAACCUGCAGGGCUUCCAACCGGUGGAGCAGUGUAACCUGGACUACCACCCUCAGCGAGGCUCCGCCAUCGAUUCGCACCUAGACGACUCGUGGCUGUGGGGUGAAAGGCUUGUCACGGUCAACAUGCUCUCAGAGACUGUGCUCACCAUGUCUCUGGAGGAGGGCCUGCCAGAGCGCGGGCUGGUGGGGGGGAUCCACGUGGCCGUACGGCUUCCCAGGAGGUGUUUGGUGGCACUGUACGGGGAGGCGAGGCACAGAUGGAAACACGCCAUUCACAGAGAAGACAUUCAGGAGCGCAGAGUCUGCAGCACCUACAGAGAGCUGUCUGCAGAGUUCCUGCCUGCAGGGCGGCAGGCGGAGCUGGGAGCCAAACUGCUUGAUAUCGCUUUGACGUUCAGAGGAACUCCUGUAUAAACCCAUCAAACCGAUAAAGAGAAAACUCAACACGUCUUUAGUGUCCUUGACUGAAGUGAAUGCUUGUAGUCUUUUGCUCAGCCAUUUAGCAAAACAAGGCAAAACAGCUCUGAUAUUCCAAAGACUGUUGUGAAGCAAUGUUUUAUAUGUUUUUUUUAAUUCAAACUUUCACAACAGUUUAUCCAAAUCUUAGCGCCUGUGUUCUUAAAAUAAAGUAUUUUCUUUCAGUUUGUUUAUGAUGACGGUGAUGGAGAAAAACUGUCCAUCAAAUUGCUACAAAUUGUUUUAUUUCUACAACUUCCACCAGAUGGCGACAGAGUGCACGUUUAAUCUUCAUAGUGGAGAACGAAGUGAUUGUAUUAAUUUCUGUAAGACAUCAAAAGGAUAAACCAUUAUAUAGUUUACAUUAGAUUUUUAUAUACCAGAAUAAAUUAACUUUUAUCAGAUGAGUAUCAAACUUUAUUUGUAAACGUUGAUCUUGUAUUAUGUAAUGUGAUAUAUUUUGUUUGUUUUUUCUAUGUAUUCAUAAUGUGAUCAAGAAUUUUACGUGAUAUUUUUAAUAAUAAAUUGUUGCUUAGAAUAAAA